UCGGAAACUGAGCUGACAGAAAGCACACAUGGCAGGAAGUCCGAUAGAGAACUACUGCCCUAUUUGAAAUUCUGUUACGGAGAUGAGAUGCUAUGUGUUUAUGGCUUCAAUCAAUUUUACCGUCCUAUUUGUAUCCUAAAUGAAUUAUAAUACUUCUCCUACAUAGAGCCGAGUUUCAAACGAAUAUCUAUAGAGACAAUAAAUGAAAGGAAACGUACGAUCUGUAAAAAUUUGUUCAAAGAACUGUUGAGAAGUGAGUGGGCCUGCGACGGCGCCUUGGAAUAAGUGAUUUUCUUUUAAUGUUAAAUUGCUGCGAUAUAUACUCGUGUAAGUACAAAGGUGCUUGCGCAUUCAUAAUGCGUUCGUACAUGCUGUAGAAAUCAUGGAGAAUAGUAACUGUUAACGAUGUUAGGUUUGGCUUGUCGUGUGGGUACGAGAGAGGUUUUGAACCAGGAACCGUCGGUCGACUGCUGCAACGGUGCCGGACGUAGCAUCUGAGCGCGAUUUGUUUCAACGAAGGUGUCGUGAGACUUGGUUCGUGCACGAAUCGUGUGACUCUGUAUUCUAUAAAGUUGCUAAUACAUCGUUUCUAUCCAUCAACUACAGAAAGAAAAUAUUAUAACUAGUAAUUUUUCUAUGACAACGACAGCAAAUCGUCAUAAGCGUUUACUGAAUAAUAAGAAAAAUAACGAGCUAAUAUAACGAGCGGUAUUUCGUAUAAAAGUCGGGGGUUGGCAUCUACGCAAUAGUUAUACAACUUUGGUCGGGUACCCCUAUCAGCGAACACAUCUUUUCAAUGAAAAGCACAUUAUGUUGAGUUGGCCUGGGUAGCCUUUGCAGUAGCUGCAGUUGCCAACGAGCGUUUGUGAGUCGACCUAACAAAUGAAACUAGGAUGGAGAGCAGCAAAAAUAUGGCAAGCACAAUCGUGAAGCUGAAAAAUGAACCGAAAAUAGUUAUAAAAGCGAUAAAUUUCUUUGCUUUAAUAAUAGCAAAUAAUGGGACCUCUUGAUAGCUGUCAGAUGUAAGCUGCGUAGAAAAAAACUCACAAAAAACAAAAAUGACUUGCCUGUAUUUUUUUUUAUUUUAUUUAAGCACUUUUCAUUGAGACGUUUCUAAUUAUUUCGUUGUUUUUAAACGUGUAUCAUAGCGAACGCGUAAAACUGAAUGUAAAACAUAGAAAAGUAUUUGAGGUUGCGCGUAUCUUCCGAAUAAAAGAUUUCUAGUUUAAUAAAAGAAAAAAAUAAUGAUGUUUGAUGAAAUCAUUCUUCUUUUCAAAGACAUUUUAAAUUUAAAGGGUUUAUAGUAAAAAUGCGUCUCCUGCAUGCUAACAUGUAUAAAGAUUCGAUGAUCGCACUGCAAGUCACAUCCCACGAGUCCUAAUCUUCUAAGCCAACGACGGCUAUCUUCACUCACAAUGGGAAAACGAUCAAUUGUAAUUUUGUCAGCAAUUAUGAUUAGAUAAGGGGUUGAAUGUAUAAGAAAGACGAGAUAUGAUAUAGUUCUUAUGUUUGAUUCCAUAUGGCACUUUUCGAUUAUAUGUUGAUCGAGAAGGAAGAAGAACCGUCUAUCAUCAAAAACUACUUUUUCGCAUGGGACAAGGAUAUACGAAAGCACGAGAUCUACGUGGAUCUAUACGUAUAAGGAUAUACGAGAAAAACCAGAUCAACUGUUCACACGAGCAGUUGUAUGAAUGCUCCAAGUGGGUGGGACUCUAUUGCAGGACAGCUUGCUUUGAGUACUGGACAACGAAUCACCAACACGCUAGUAUUGUUUGCCACUAUCGAGUUAGGAUAUGCGGCUUUGAGCUAUUUGCGGUGUGAGCUGCUACCGGCUGCAGAGAGAUUCAACUAUCCGGGGAAAUCGACGAACGGACGUUUCUGCAGAUAUAUUUGUAUUCAGCCCAUACCUAUGAUGGAGCUGGACGUAUUGUUAUCGGCUGCGGUUAUGUGGAGUAUUCUUCUGCGGCUGUUAACAUCACUGUUUCCGUACUCGGGUAUGGGAAAGCCACCAAUGUACGGGGAUUUCGAGGCGCAACGGCACUGGAUGGAGGUGACUACUCAGCUGCCGCUUAAGGAAUGGUACGUGAAUUCGACCCGGAACGAUUUGAUGUAUUGGGGACUCGACUAUCCUCCAUUGACAGCGUACCAUAGCUGGCUUUGUGGAAAAAUAUCGGAGCAAUUUAACUUGUCAUGGACAGCGCUAAAUUCGUCGCGAGGCCAUGAAAGCCCUGAGCACAAACUGUUUAUGCGAUGGUCUGUUCUGGCUUCUGAUUUCGUUGUCUUCUACCCUUCUGUUCUGUAUUUUGGAUCCCUCUACAACACGAAGUCAAAGAUGGCAACAGCUAUUUGGGCCCUACUGAUCAACCCUGCUAUGAUCCUUGUUGACCAUGGACAUUUUCAGUACAACGGUGUCUGCUUAGGCCUAUUCGUGCUGACCGUGGCUUUAGCAAAGAGAGGGCGUUACGCUCUUGCAGCGAUCGCCUUCAGUCUCUCUCUAAACUUCAAGCAAAUAGCGCUCUAUUUUGCUAUGCCAGUCUUCAUCCAUCUACUUAAGGCCUGUAUUGUGCCCUCCCUGAAUCUGAGUCGAUUCUUGCAUAUCGCUAUUGCAACGCUUGGAACGUUCGGAAUUGUUUGGGUACCAUUCGCGUGGUCUGGUGGUCAACAGUUAAUUGAACAAAUUCUUUACCGGAUCUUUCCCCUUCAAAGAGGAUUGUUUGAGGAUAAGGUGGCAAACUUCUGGUAUGUUACCUCUGUUUUGGUAAAAUAUAAGAAGUUGUUCAAGUCAGAGCGCUUGGUCCAGAUAGCAUUUGGUGCCACAUUGUUUUUCUCGUUGCCAUCCUGGAUAAUGCUGUGGGCACAGGGCAGGAAUUCGCAGAAGAAGAUCUGCAACUUUAAGCUUGCUCUGGUACGUCCUUGUUUCAUGUCGAGUGACACGACCCUGUAUGGAAGUUUUCAGCUUUUAUUUUGCAGACAGUUAUCAAUACGUUUGUUUUAAACGAUCAG